AUGUUCUAUGGAACGACAACAUUUUCCUUGACGAUACCAAAUGCAAAGAACCCCCUUUUUGUAUAUAUAGAGGAGAUGAUUAGAGGUCUAACUCAAGUACCUUGGGAACGUGUUGAUGUUAGCUUUCAAAAAAGUCGGCAACGAUAUGUUGCACACAAUACCAUCCAGGCAAGCUCUUGUACUGGAUUGUUUACCUGCUGUGUGUAA